CUGCUAAGGUGUCUCUUCUUUCUGCUGACGACGUUCCCUUUGCCAGCCACUGCUGGGAAUGGGAUGUCUAGUAGCACAGUCAUUAUAGGCAUGAGGGUGGAGAACAGCACCAAACCAGGUACUACAGUCUUGGAAGACGGCACCAUCCAAGUGGUGGAAGGAAGCACCAUCCGGCUUCGGAUCUUCGGUCAGGGCAUCCACCGACCUACUUGCCAGAUGAUAUACUUUGCUGACUUACCUGAUGCAUCAGAUGCUAAUGCUAAUGCGGACCCCUGCAUCAAGAAGACCAGCGACAUGCUGGUGAACCCAUACUGCCAUGACGUACGGAACACCACCGCCCUGCUGGAUGUGGCAGUCCAGAUCCUGCGGAAGGAAAUCGAAUUCAAGAACUAUGUGAUGUGCUUGGAAGAUCAUUCAGGCAAGUCGCGGUAUUGGUUCAGCGACCACAAUUUGAUGAUCCAAGUGAUUGAGGGAGAUGAAUUCAAACUGCCUCUCUGGCUGAAGAUACUCCUGGCGGUCAUCCUGCUGGCUUUGUCAGGUAUGUUUAGUGGUCUCAACCUGGGCCUAAUGUCCCUGGACCCCAUGGAGCUGCGCAUCGUCAAGAACUGUGGCACACCCAUGGAGAGGAAGUACGCCACCAGGAUCGAGCCCGUUCGACGGCACGGCAAUUACCUGCUCUGUUCUUUGCUCCUCGGCAACGUCUUAGUCAACGCCUCCUUUACCAUACUAUUUGACUCCAUGGUUAGCGCAAGCAUUCUGGCUAUAGUGGCCUCUACAUUUGGCAUUGUUCUCUUUGGGGAGAUAAUCCCCCAGGCCCUCUGCUGCCGCCAUGGCUUGGAAGUGGGUGCCAAAACCAUUGUUAUCACCAAGUUUGUCAUGCUGCUGACUUUCCCUCUCUCCUACCCUAUGAGUAAAAUACUGGACUAUGUACUCGGUCAAGAAAUGGGCCUCAGGUACAACCGAGAGAAGCUGAUGGAGAUGCUGAGGCUGACCGAGCCGUACAUGGACCUGCUGAAGCAAGAGCUGAAUAUCAUCCAAGGAGCACUGGAGCUGAGGACUAAGGCAGUGCAGCACGUCAUGACCCCACUGCACGACUGCUUCUUGCUCAACAGCAACGCCAUCCUUGACUUCAACACCAUGACGGAGAUCAUGGAAAGCGGCUACACACGCAUCCCCAUUUACGAUAAGGAGAGGACGAAUAUAGUUGAUAUGCUGUAUGUCAAGGAUCUAGCCUUUGUGGACCCAGAUGACUGCACUCCGCUGAAGACGAUCACUAAAUUUUACAACCACCCAGUGCAUUUUGUUUACCAAAAUACCAAACUGGAUGCCGUGCUUGAAGAGUUCAAAAAAGGUAAAUCUCACCUGGCCAUUGUCGUAAAGAAGAAUGAGGUUGAAAAUGAAGAUGAAGUGUUGGGUAUCGUGACCCUGGAGGAUGUCAUUGAAGAGAUAAUCAAGUCAGAGAUCCUGGACGAAUCAGAUCUCUACACCGACAAUCGUGCCAGAAGAAGAGAUGCCAGCCCAAGGAAGUGGGACUUCUCUGCCUUCAGGGGCACUGAGUUGAAGAUCUCCCCUCAGCUACUCCUGGCUGCACACCGCUUUCUCUCUACAGAGGUCUUGCAAUUUUGCCCGAGCCUCAUCUCCGAGAAGUACCUGCUACGUCUCCUCAAGCAUCCUGGUGUCAUCUGUGAGCUGAAAUUUGAUGAGCAGAACAAGGAAUCUCCCGGACACAACUUGUAUGAAAAGAACAAGCCAGCAGAUUACUUCAUUCUCAUUUUACAGGUACUUUGUUGGCACUUCCUACUCUCUCCGCACAGCCAAGGAAGCACCAACUGCAUGGCCUAAUCUGUGGGUCA